ACUGUUGUUAGUUCUGUUUUGCAAUUUUAUCAUGUGCUUUGUGUGUGACUGCCCUCUAACAAAGAACUUAAAUGUAAAGAGUAAACCACAACUUACGAGUUAGAAGAACAGUUAUAUGAAACAAGAAAGAUGGCAUCAGACGCUGGUGUUGGACUGCGAUAUAAAGACAAAGUAGUUAUUGUUACAGGAGGAUCUAAAGGCAUAGGGGAAGGAGUUGUCCGUGUAUUUGUGAAACAUGGAUCCAAAGUCGUCUUUUGUGCCAGAGGAAUGGAUUCUGGGAAAGAUCUUGAAGAAGAGCUGAGGAAGUCUGGUCCAGGAGAGUGCAUGUUUGUCACUUGUGAUGUCACAAGGGAAGACGAUAUUAAGAGACUCAUUGAUGUGACAGUUGAGAAAUAUGGACGUAUUGAUUGCCUUGUCAACAAUGCAGGCCAACAUCCCCCUUUCCAGUCAAUAGAUGACGUCAGUGCUCAGGACUUCAGAGACCUGUUAAACAUGAAUCUUGUUAGCUACUUCUUAGCAGCAAAGUAUGCAUUGCCAUACCUAAGGAAGACAGAAGGGAACAUCAUCAACAUGUCAAGUCUCGUUGGAAUGAUUGGGCAAAAUGGUGCUGUCCCGUACGUUUCUACUAAGGGUGGCAUCAUAGCAAUGACGAAAGCCAUGGCAGUGGAUGAAAGCAAACACAAUGUCAGAGUCAACUGUAUCUCUCCUGGCAAUGUGUGGACACCCAUGUGGGAGGAACAGGUCAAGAAUGCAAGUGAUCCAGAGGCCAUGCUCAGAGGUGGAAAUGAUGCACAGCUGAUUGGUCGAAUGGGAACACUGGAAGAAAGUGGGAAUGCAACCCUUUACCUGGCAGCCGAAGCCACCUUCUGUACAGGAAUUAACUUGGUUCUGAGUGGAGGAGCAGAACUUAACUAUGCCUGCAAGAACCAGCGUAAGUCCCGGAGCAGCAUAUAUGAAUGAAAACUUAAUUCUUGGCGGCAGAGGAAGAGACAUUAUAGAUACGGUUAAAGAGACACAGAGUGGAGAUUUGACAUUUAGUAUGUUAGUUUAUUGUGUUAGUAUUACUAAUGAAGAUUUUUACACAUUUAUACAAUUUAAGAAGGGACAGAGUUUGUAGGGUAUAUUGAAUUCAUUUCAUUGCUCUUAAAUAGCACCUGGGAUUGGUUUGAGAUAUUUGUUCCACAGUGUUCAAACAUGGCACAUUUCAUCUGCUGGUGAUACAUCCUUAAUACUGUUGACUUUGAAUAAAUAUUUCUGCUUAUUGGUGCAAUAUA